UCGCUCCUGCCGGUAGCUGGCUCGGAGCCUCAGCUAGCGGAUGCGUGAGGUCCCGAGUGGGCGUGUCCUCCGUGUCCUCAGACACGCUGGGUUGUCAGGGCAACCGUGACCAGUGCUACAGAGUCGGUUGGAGACGCCGCUUGCACCAAGGAUUGUGGCCCAGUCGGGAGUCAAUCGCAGUGGCCGUUCCCCGGUAGGACCUGGAAACAGUAGAGCCAUGGGAAGUAAGAAGAAGGAGAUUGCCCUGCAGGUCAAUAUCAGCACUCAGGAGCUUUGGGAAGAAAUGCUCAGUUCCAAAGGACUAACUGUUGUUGAUGUCUACCAAGGCUGGUGUGGCCCCUGCAAACCUGUGGUGAGCCUCUUCCAGAAGAUGAGGAUCGAAUUUGGCCUGGACCUUCUACAUUUUGCAUCAGCAGAGGCAGACUGUCUUGAUGUCCUUGAAAAAUACCGAGGGAAGUGUGAGCCCACCUUUCUGUUUUACGCAGGAGGAGAGUUGGUGGCUGUAGUUAAGGGUGCAAAUGCCCCUUUGCUGCAGAAGACCAUCCUGGAUCAGCUGGAGGCUGAAAAGAAGGUGCUGGCUGAAGGCAGGGAGCGAAAAGUGGUUAAAGAUGAGUCUCUUUCUGAUGAAGAGGAAUGCUUGUCUCAUGAAAAGGAUGAUGGUGAAGAUGAGGACGUGGUGUCAUCAGAGAAGACCUGUACCUUGGCCAUCAUUAAACCAGAUGCAGUAGUCCAUGGAAAGACUGAUGAGAUUAUUGUGAAGAUCCAGGAAGCUGGGUUUGACAUUUUAACACAUGAAGAGAGAACUAUGACAGAGGCAGAAAUGCAACUUUUUUACCAACACAGAGCUGGAAAGGAGGUCUUUGAAAAGAUGGUGCAUCACAUGUGCAGUGGGCCGAGCCAUCUUCUGAUCCUCACCAGAGCAGAGGACACCAAGGAUGUGGUUACUGCCUGGCGAGACCUCAUGGGACCCUGUGAUCCCAAUGUGGCUAGAAGGGAGCAGCCUGAAAGUCUUCGGGCUCAGUAUGGCACAGAAAUGCCCUUUAAUGCUGUCCAUGGAAGCCGAGACAGAGAAGAUGCCAACAGAGAGCUGGCCUUGCUUUUUCCCAGUUUUAAAUUUUCAGAGGAAGAUAUUGAAGCCUUUCAGGGUGAGGUGGAAGGGCUGGAAGAUGAGAUGAACAUCCAGGGAAAACUCAAAGGAUGUGAGGGUUGGAUCUUUGGAAGGCCACAUACACAUCUGAAAUGGUAAUAACCUAUGUAUGUCUGGCUGGGUCUUAACUGAUAUAUUUGCCUGUUUGCUAAGAUCUAAAGUCCAACCUUGUCAGAAUUAAGUGGACAGAGGGCAAGAUAAGGUGGGCAGGAGCUGGUAUGUACUGACCCUUGUUGAAUCUUGCUGUUGCCUUGUGAGGUAAUUUUUCCCACUGCCAUCUGAGAAAGAAGGUGAGUGAACUAGACCUUAGGGAGUCAGGAAGUCCUAGGAAGUGUGGCUCAGGAAGACACAAAUUCAUCCUAGUGCAUGUGGUCUUCAGUCAUCCCUACCGGAACCAACUAUCUUAUCUUAGAUCUGUGCUCAUGAUGCAUUUCCUUUGUUCCCAGGGUCACAGGAGGCACACCGAUGUAACUCUGUGUUAGGCAAGUGAGGAGUAGGAGGGUGAACUAGCUGGGAAGUACCAGCAUAAGUGUUGGGAGAUCUGGAGCCUCUGGCCUCAGGUGAUAAUGAACAAAGGGGAAGUGGUCUGAGCCCAGAUGGCACCUCAGGAAUAAGCGGCCACACAGCCAACAAGCUUUGCUUUGAAGCAGCGUCACUGGGGUCUUGAUGUGGCAUACCUUCUGUUUUGGGGAGCAAAUGUAUUUUCACUUACCUAGCACUUUUCCUGCCAAGGAAAAGGCCCUGAGGGCAGGGGACACAAACAUUGUAGACAGUGCCAGGCAAUCCUGGCUCCAGUACUCAGCUAAAUGGCUUCUGGAAAGUUACUUACCUUUUCUGAGCCUCAGUUUCUUCAUCGGUGAAAUGGAAAUAAUGACAGACCCACUUAAACCCUAAACUAAAUCCAUAACAAUCAUCUUCCUCAUAGAUCUGUUGUGAAGAUAAAAGGAGACAAGACGUAAAGCCUUUAGCCUGGUGGCACAAGUGCUCAACAAAUGUUUUUGAUUCUCCUAAUUCUCUAAGUCCUAGUCCCGAACACUCACAUAUGCUGUCCAUCCCAGCCUGUCCCCCAGCUUGGUCCUCAGUGAUAGUUGGCUCUUCCUUUUCCUGCUCCUUUGUGGAUGGCGGGUGGGGCAGGACUGGCCAUCUGUGUUUCAGAAGUCCAGCAAAACAUGUCAUCCCACAGGUACUGAGGCUGAAGGAGCAGCAGGCCCCACAGAGGCGCACUGCAUCCCUGAGGACAUGAACUGAGAUGCUGUACUGAGGGCAAGGCCCCAAGGCCGUGAUAUGAAAUGUCUGAGCACUCGGGUCUGCAUGAAGAAACAUCACAAUAGGAACUUUUUGUGCACCAGUGCCUUCUUGGUUUGGCUAUCUUUGUGGACAAUGAAAAUAACAGUACAUACUUUCUUGCCUUAAGCAGUACAUAAAAUAUAAAAUGUUUUUUCCUGGAUUUUAUAAAAUAUGCAUGAGUUACUGUACUCUGCUGAAACAUGGCAUCACUUCAGGGGAUACUGAGCCACACAGAGCAAUGUCUCCCCAACAGUAAACCUACACUGAUACUAAAUUUUAGAUGCUAACUUGGUAACCAUGAACUCAAAGAGUUCAACAAGAUGGGCUAUGACAAUGCCAGCACACUGAUGUGGGGCCAGGUAUAAACCAGCAUUCAGAACAGCCACUGAAACACUUCCAGAACUGAUGUGUCCAUCUGUGGCUCUCUAUGAAUAAGGGCAUGUUCAAAAAGCAACAGAAAGUUAUAUAUGGCGCCAGGGCUCAUCUAAUUUUUGACACUUCCUCCACACUUCUUUGGCUCAGGCCUAAUUUCAGACCUGAGAGCUCUGAGCAGAGCCAGGCUGUCUCCAACUUCCAUCAAUUGACUGCCUUUGCCAGCCUUCAGAGGCACUUCCUUUGAGGGGUACAGUACAAGUAACCAGGAAGUCCUGGUAAUAUUACCACGCCCUGCCACUCUUGCCAAUUUGCUCCAGCUUAUUGUAAGGUCACCAAUCCCAGACCUACCCUAUCCUCUCUGAGGACAAGUCUGUGUUCUUCCACACACUGAGGGAAAUGCCAGCAACCUGCUGUCAUUUUCUGAUUUUCUCAAGCGCACUCCUAGGACUUAAGCUGCUUCAAAUGGGCAGAGUGCUACCAGAAGACAGCCUGCUAUGGAGACACUACAUUUUCUCGUCUGAGACAGAGGAUAGACCCUAUGUUUAAGGUCAUCGUUAUUUUUUUGUGACCUUCUGUUGCCUCUGGAUGGAGAUGCCAUAUCCAUAGUGCUUAUCAUGAUCUGUGCAGGGCCCUGCAUGAAAUGUGUUUAUCAGAACUGUUGGGAAGCAGGACCCACUGUUCUAGAACCCCAAGCCCACAGCUCAACUCUUUCCUUGUGUGUGAGCUCAAGAGGGGCAUUCGCUUGAUCUGUGCCCCUGUGAGCUGGCAACCUACUUUGAGGAGCACAACAGCUUUACACCCAGCCUUCCAUAUCACAUGUAGCUCUGAAGGAGUUAUCUGGAGGGGAUGCACUCCGCUGAUAGCUACUAUUAUCUCCCUAGCCAGGAAGCUAAGGAUCUUCCAUCAUGGUGAGAUGAGAUGGAGCGACCAAACUUCCAAAAGCAGAAGAGGGGAACUGAGCUGAGGGUGUUAUUCAUGGAUCUUUAAACCUUUCCAGAAGUAGCUAAGAGGGUCAGGGCUAGGCAGGGGGGAAGCUGAAGAACUAGGUAACAAGGCCAGAGUGGGAGGAAUGGUGACCUACCCCUUCUAUUACUCAGGUUGCUCAGGGGUGCUGUGGAUUAGCACUGCAGGUUGUCUCCCAAAAGUUAAUGGCAUAAGAAGUGAGGGGAUGGGUGGGAUCUCCUGAGAGGGGCUUAAGGCCAGCUCACUCUCAGAAGAUUGUACUCCUGGCGGAGACUGUGGGCCUGGCUUCUCAAAUAGAAGCUGCUUGAGGAUGGGCCUGUUUGAGCUGUAAGGCCUGUCAGCUCCUCAAGGUCAGUUGCCUGAUGGGAGGAGGGCAGGCCACCUGUCCCAUGAAGUCAAGGAGGGUGGCUUCACUCUAAGGGCCGGUUUUGGUUGUGCCCUCAGUGAGAAGGCUGAUGGCCUGGAAGUCAAUACCAAAGGGCCUUUGGGGGUUCUCUGAGCUUUCCCAGGCCAAGUCCUGGACCAAAACUAUCAUGUGAGAAACAAACAUGGGCUCAGUAUUCAGGGAAGGUCAGCAGUGCAAGGUACAGGAUGGGGCAGUACCAGUCUCCAUCCCCAGUGGCAAAGUGCCAGGAUCCCUUCCACAAGAACCUGGGAGGGUGUGACCCUUUCUUCUCCUUGCUCAGUACUUAACUAUGAAAAUGGGGGCCUGCCUGGGCUUCCUCCUCUCAGAGCUUCUUUCUACUAGAACUUCCUUCCUCACCAACCACCUCAUUGUCCUCCCCAUCCCAUGCCUUGUGGCAUGUAUCUUUGGGUUUCUGUUUCCAGUGAGGGCUUACGUUGGGAGGUGCUGUGCACAUUUCACAGACAGAAAAAAAGGCAACACACAGUGAUCGAGAGCAGCUGUGUCUGCAGAGGGAUGGUGACAGCUUGUGCAUGGUGCAGGUGGGCCUCUGCCAAACUCUGGCCUGAGUCCAGCAGGUGGUGGCAGUGGACGUAUGGAAUACCUAAGGAGAGGAGGAAGGGGUAGAUACAACAUUGUAGGGCAAAGGGCUGUGGUUUGGUGGUUGGGAGUAGCCAUUUAUCAAAGGUCUGCUGUCUUCAGGAGGCCAGAGAGAGUGGGUCUUCAGACUGUUGCAGGUGUCUCUGCCCCAAGGCAGUGGCUUGCAGUCAGAAGUGCAAGGCCACUUCUCAAUCCUUCAUUCACAAAGAAUCACAGAUUCCAAAAGGCAGUACACACUAUCUUCUAGUUUCCGAAUGUUCCAGACAUUUGGAGAACAGACUCCUUUUAGAAGCUGCCAUGAUUUUUCUUGGCUUUUAUUAGCAUGAGUUAAAAUCAUAUUAUCCAAACACUAAAAGAAGAACAUGUACUGUUCUGAAUAAAGUGCUUAAGGAAAAAAAUGCAACUUAUUAAAUUGGACAUUCUUUUCUAGUUCAUAAAUUUUGGGUUACAAUCAGAGCACAAAAGGAGAACAGAAUGCAGUAUUAGAGCAAGAAGCUUAGCUAAGAACCUGGGCAGUAGACACAAGACCAUGUCCCCUUCUUCCUACUUCCUUGCAGACUGAACACUGCACCUGUGUAAAGCAGCAAACAGCUUUGUUUUAAUAAAUACAUUUCCUUUCAUUCAUUCAAAUCAAAAAAGUUAAUUAUCAUAAAGCACUUUUUAUUUGCCCACUGUUUUUAGUUACAGGCAAGAUUUAUCCAGAGUUGAAGUGUGAACAUGUUAUUUCUUUGGAUUUUCGGCUUUCUAAUACUAUUUAUGUUCAAGAUUGUCUCAGCAUUCAUUAUUGGUUUCAUUAUAUUUACCUGGUACUCUUCAACACCAACAUUAGAGUGUUUUGUGUUACAAAUGCCAACCAAGAAUAUUUUCUGCUUACUAGAAA